AUGGGAAUAUGGGAGAACGUGAAAGAUUUUCGCAAAUAUUCCCAUCAAUAUCUGGCAGCUUUCACCGGCACUCUUCUGAUGCUUUCCGUGGCCGCUUCCUACGGCUGGACUUCACCGACGCUACCUCGUUUACUCAGUGAUGACUCACCACUUCCAAUAACUCCAGAUGAAAGCUCCUGGAUUGUGUCGAUCCUCGUUCUGACUUCUAUUGCCGGUCCCGUAGCAUCUGCCUGGCUGAUCGACCAGUUUGGGCGAAAGAUCACGCUUCUGAUUGCCGUUCUGCCCAGUAUCGUGGGAUGGAUACUGAUCGGUGUCGGUGAAUCUGUGACGGUUGUCUUUAUAUCCCGUGCCCUGAGCGGUAUCUCGUACGGUAUGGCGUACUCCUCCAUGCCCCUUUACCUCGGUGAGAUAGCGUCCGAUCAGAUACGAGGUUCGAUUGGAACGUUGCUCACGGUGAUGGCAAAAACGGGUAUUCUUCUGGAGUACGUCAUAGGACCAUAUGUGGAGUAUCGGACAUUGGCAUGGAUAUCGCUUGCCUUUCCUGCGACAUUCUUUGCGUUGUUUCUCUGGCUUCCGGAGUCACCGUAUUAUCUGUUGGGAAAGCAACGUAACGAACAGGCAGAGAAGAAUCUUCGCUGGCUUCGUCGGACAACUGAUGUGCAGGGUGAGCUAAAAAUGAUGCAGGCUGCUGUGGAACGAUCGCAACAAAACCGAGGUACCUUUAAGGAUCUUCUAAAUCGGGGCAAUCGACGCAGUUUGAUCAUUAUUCUCGGGCUGGGGGCUCUGCAGCAGUUAUGCGGCAGCCAGGCAGUGAUUGCCUACUCGCAGCAGAUCUUCGACCAAGUGAACAGUGGGCUGAAAGCACAUGAAUCCUCGAUCAUCAUGGCAGUGAUACAGCUCGUUACAGCAGCCCUUUCUUCGUCGAUCGUCGAUCGCGUAGGACGUCGUCCAUUGCUGCUCAUUUCCACCAUAGGAUGCGCUGUUGGCACGUUCAUCGUAGGACUGUACUUCUUCCUACUGGAACAAGAAGUCAAUGUCGAUGGAAUAGGGUGGAUUCCACUUGCUGUCAUCAUGAUUUACAUUAUAUUCUAUACUGUCGGACUAGCGACGGUACCUUUCGCUAUCCUAGCGGAAAUAUUCCCUACCAACGUGAAAGCAGUUGCCGCUGCCAUUUACACCAUGUUUGCAGGUUCGGUUGGAUUUGGUGUGUCGAAACUUUACCAGCUUAUCUCCGACGAAGCGGGAACGUAUCUUUCAUUCUGGAUUUUUGCUGCCUGUUCAGCUGCGUUCGUAGUGUUUGUGUUUGCACUCGUACCCGAAACGAAGGGUAAACCACUCGAUCAGAUAUUUGUCGAAAUGCAUACCGCCACCAGCCGGAGUCUUAACUGCUGUUGUCGAUCUGACGCUAAACAUGACCCACAGCAUACCGCCUAA